CUUGGGAUCAUUCGCACACGUUUACGCUUCCCCCCUCUCUGUCCCCUCCUCUCUCUCUCUCUAGAGCGAUUGCUUUUUCUCGCUCUAAAAGCUUCCUUCUUUCUCCGCCCCAAGAAAGCAAACGCGAAGAAGCGAGAGAGCCCUUUGACGAGCCGGAGAGGUUUUGAACGUUGGAUACCUAUUAACAUGGAUGAAUUUUCCGGAGAGAGAGCUCUUCACAAGUUUUCUGCACCUUCUAGGGGAUCCAGUUUGGUUAUGAGGGAUACGGCAAGUAGUAGGGCUCGAAAGGCUCAAAUUUGCAGCAGGUUGGGAUGUAGCAGCAGACUUAACGCAGUAGGUACCCAAACUGCCUGCGUAGACAAGUGCAGAUAUACAAGGCCCUCGCUUCGUUCUUUAACUAGUGGGAAAGAAAUAGUGGGGAGCUCUUCCAGAAGUAAUAUGUCAGCAAGCAGUCAAAGGAAAUCCUUCGUGGAUCGUCAAAAGAAAUCAUCUUCUCAGCUAGAUUCUGAUUCAUCCGAAACUAGCAGUGUUCAUGACGAGCCUGAUGUUCCAGAGGUCAACCCGCCACCAGGAAAGAUCCAAAGAGGUGCUGAUUUUAGGGAAGUUGUACCGACGGAGAUGGGAAGUUCGAGUGCAGCAUCGAGUUCAAGAUCUAUCGACAACAAUUCCCUCGAUAUAAGUUCUGAUAAAACAGAUAGUCCCACAAAUUCCUCCGUUUCCAUGGCAUCGAGAAGCAUCAACCAACCUGCAAGAACUAAUCUUAGCCGCUGUGGUUUGAGAAACAUUAGGUGUAAUUCAGCAGCUAACGUCAUCCCUUCCAAUGGACCACCAUCAAAUCCAACACCUAAUAGAAAGAAGGAUGUGAUAAAGAAGUCGAAUGUUGAAGGUGAAGCUAGUUCUUCAACUAGGGGUAAGAAUGUUGGCAGACCACCAUUAGAAGGACAAUUUUCGAGUUCUGAACCAGGCAUAUCCAUAUCUGAGUCAAGAAGAGCAAGAUGCAGGGCUCUUAAUCGGGACAGUGGUGUCACGUCUUUGAGGACUCAAAGGUCGAAUAAUUAUGCUGAGCCAAGGGGUUCAUAUCAAGGUAAUUUGAGCCGGUCUCGAAACAGGUCCCGUGUUAUGACCAUGCAGGCCCAUCAAUCUCCAAUAGCAGCUGAAAAUGCUUCCUCUUCACAUUGCGACUUUUCUGUCGAAUCUGCCUCUGGUCGCGCGUCUACAUACAGUCGGCCAAGUAGUAGCAGCGAGAGUUCACGGCGUGCGAUACCAUCUGGUCUUGCUGAAAUUGGCAUCAGCCGCUCCUUGAUGAAUCAGGAUAGGUUUCAACAUUACAAUAUGGAUGGUAUUGCAGAGGUAUUGUUGGCUCUCGAGAGGAUUGAACAAGAUGAAGAACUGACUUAUGAGCAAUUAAUUGCUCUGGAAACCAAUUUAUUUCUUAACGGGAUGAACUUCUAUGAUCAACACAGAGAUAUGAGACUGGAUAUUGAUAAUAUGUCAUAUGAGGACCUGUUGGCUCUAGAGGAGAGGAUGGGUACCGUAAGCACUGCCCUGACAGAAGAAUCAUUGGUGAAGUGUAUCAAGAAAGAAUUAUACCAUCCUACAGCUUCUGCCAGUGGGCAGAAUGAUGAUGUCAAAUGCAGCAUCUGUCAGGAGGAGUAUGUAGCAGGAGAUGAACUUGGGAGGUUGGCCUGUGAACAUGUGUAUCACGUGUCCUGUAUACAACAGUGGCUGCGGCUCAAGAACUGGUGCGCUAUUUGUAAGGGCUCGGCAGAACCCUCGCCCUCAUCUUCCCCGCCACGGCUGACAAGUUGAAUCUGGUGGUCUGAUAUUCUUUGUAAAGGAAAGUACUUUUCUCUGCCUCCCACUCUCCCGUGUACAUAUUGGAUAUUUUUGGUAACUCAUUCAAUCAAAUAAACCCUGCUCUCUAGGCUCUUAGUGGCAGAGGAUGAACGUUCCAUGAAAAAGACUGCGUUACAACGUCUGAUGUUUUCAGCCUUUGCCAUUUGUGGUUGGUUCUAUGGUUUUGUUUUAGGGUGAAUGGUACCUGGAAUUCCUUAAUAGUCGUGCAUUUUUAAGAGCGAAGGGCGUUGUACAUGGAAGAUGCCAUUUUGCCGCUC